CCGCCCUCCAUAAUCCCACUGCAUUCCUGCCAUGUAAGCUCGACCAACCGCGGCUGCACUCCGCAUUUACGAACCCUCUGCCACCUCACCCUCUUCUCUUCUUCUCUCCCAUUCAGUACAUGCCGAUUGAGAAGAGACGCAGCCAUGGGCAAACUGGAGAUCAUGUCCCACGAGCACCUGGAGCUGCUCCGUAGCUCGGCCUUCGAGAGCGAGCACGCACAGCUCUACGACACAUCCUACAUGCAGCACGAAGCCGCCGCGCUGGCCCUCGAGCAGGAAAUCGAGCACUCGCUCGCCAGCAUCUCCCCGGACGAGAACGCGGACGAGCACAGGCGGAUCGUGAAGACGCAGAUUACCAUCCACCGCGAGCGGCAGCGGGCGCUGCGGCCGCACCUGGAGAGCGGGAGCGGCGUCGUGGACGAGGAGGGGAACGAGUGCGUCUUCGUGCCGGCGCCGAACCACUGGGGCGCGAACGGUGAUCUGGACGAGGAGAGCGGCAGUCUGUCGUCGGUACACAACCUCCUCACCUGGCAAGCCAGCUACUCGCCCAUGUCCUACACGCCGCUCUACGAAGAACUCCCCUCGCCCGACAUCCCCUACUACACGAUGCUCGACCCCUCCCAGCCGCCCAUGACCUACCACCUGCACCGGACGCGCGAGUGGAGCACCUCCGGCUGCCGCAAGUACAUCUACACGGCGCGCGAGUACAGCGACAAGUACUCGCUGUACAUGCUGGAGGCCUCGCACCGGGGCGACAACCAAAUGACGCAGGCAGACUUCUUCCGCGUGGCCGAAUACCCGCAGCACUGCAUCUCCGUCCUGCUCUCAGGCAUCGACAAGCGCGACAGCAAGGCGGCCUACAAGUCGCGCUGCAUCCGCCUGAGCGGGCCCUUCUCCACCCCGAUCAAGGAGUACCCGGACCGCCAGCAGAAGAUCCCCUGGAGCCCGCGCCGCUUCACCUACGGCGGCCGCAAGUUCGUCUGGAAGCCCGGCGACCCGCACGACGACGUCAUGCCCGAGACCCUGUUCGAGUUCCAGCGCGACUGGGUCAAGCCCGGCAGCCGCAGCGGGAAGCGCAUCGACGACGCCCGCCCGACGAAGCUCGUGUGGGGCGAGAAGAGGCGGAAGGGCAAGGUCGAGAGCUACACGAUUCAUUUUGCUGGCGGCGUCGAUCAGGUGUUCCGCGAGCUGCUGCUGGCGAGCCAGAUGGCGCGGCAGGUGUGCCUGUUUACGGCGAUGGAGUAGUCGAAGCCCAUCUUCCCAUCUUUCUGUGUUUUUCUUUUCUUUGUUUAGCGACGGCGACUAGCGAGCGCUCUUUGGUACGGAGCGGAUCGGAUGGCACUGUUAUGAUAUGACAUCAGCGGGUUGGGUUACUUACGGCAUUAUUGGGAUCAAAGGGGACUCGGGCAUGGAUACCAGGCGUUUUUCGGGACUCCCGCUCCAGCGAGCGAGCGAGCGAGCGGGCCUUGCGGAAUACUCAUCUCUUGGAGUAUUCAUUCAUUCGACAUCGGAUCGGAUCGGAUCGGAUCGGAUAUUUCUUUAUCCUCUAUUCCUACCGGUCAUUUUACUGGUUGGUUGCGUUCGCUCGCUGCUACGGCAGCCAGCUAGCUAGCUAGAUAGCACAGCACGCUCAAUUGACAGACAGAAGUCAGCUCAUCAAUCUCGUU